CCGGGAGAGCCGGUGGCCGUUCCGGGAGAGCCGGGCGGGCGGCGGCGCCAUGAAGCUGACGCGGCAGAAGCACGCCAAGAAGAACAUGGGCUUCUACAAGAACAACUUCAGUUUCCGCGAGCCGUUCCAGGUGCUGCUGGACGGCACCUUCUGCCAGGCCGCGCUCCGCAACAAGAUCCAGAUCCGCGAGCAGCUGCCCGGCUACCUCGGCGGCGCCGUGCAGCUCUGCACCACCCGAUGUGUUCUAAAAGAACUGCAAUCACUGGGAAAAGCUCUUUAUGGAGCAAAAUUAAUUGCCCAAAGUUUUCAAGUUCGAAACUGUUCUCACCACAAGGAUCCUGUGAGUGGUUCGGCCUGUUUACUUUCCAUGAUUGAAGAAGGCAACCUUCAUCACUUCUUUAUUGCUACACAGGACCAGGAUUUAGCAAACAAAGUGAAAAAGAAGGCUGGCGUUCCCCUCCUCUUUAUUAUUCAGAACACCAUGGUGCUAGACAAACCUUCUCCUAAAUCUUUGGCAGUUGUUCAAAAGUUGCAGACAAAUCAGCUUGUUCCAGAGCACCAAAAACAAAGUAUUGUGCAGCUUAAAGAACAAGAAGGACUAGUGAAGCAGGGGGGUGAAAAGAGAAGAAAACGUAAAAGGGCAGGCGGCCCCAAUCCCCUCAGCUGUCUGAAGAAGAAAAAGAAGAAAACACAGGAGGGUCAGGAGCCUUCUGCUGAGAAGAAGAAAAGAAGAAAAAGAAAGCGAAAUAGAGUUAAAGUAGAAGCUGUGCAGUCAGUGCAGAAGAAUGAAGAAGAGUAACCUCAGCCUUGUAAACAAUGCAGGACUCGAACCUUGUUUGAACUUUGUGAAAAGAAAGGUUAAUAUGCACUGACGUGAAAUCAAGUUGUUUGUUAAUAUUAAAACUUAUUUUUAUGAGGUGGUACAGCUCAUUA